CAAUCAACUUCACUCGUUUCUCUUCCUCGACCCGUCCUUCCUUUAGUCCCCAUUUUCUCUAGCUUGUAUCCACUCGACUCAACUUACCCCGCUAGCUCGUGACUCACGUGCAGAGCGAUCGAGCGAGCGACCUUCGAUAGUUGAGUCGAGUGUGUUAGUUAAAGAAAAUUUGAGCCAGGAAGUGACAGAGUGAGGGAUUUGCGUGAAUUACAACGCUGGACGACGUAGAGUUUGCGUUUGCAGCCCCGGCCAAGGAACCAUCGAGAUCUAUGGGACAGGACGCGUACAUAACCUAGUAAUCAAUCGUCUUUUCUAUUUGGGCUUUCAUCGGUACUCUGACGGAGGAUCAUAGGACGAGUCCGAGCAGUAUUGUAAGGAUCUACAACCUAGAGAUAAUAUAAGAUUUCAAGGAAUGCCAGUGCAAGACUGCAGACUGCUGCAGUCAUCUGCAGGAAUUCAGUCCCAAUCGACAGGUAGCUGAGUAGGAGGAUAGAUGGAGUAGAAACAACACGAGCAGACUGGACGGGAGACAGAAGGAACCGAAUAGAUAGCUCGAGGGGCGCUGCGGUGUGUUUGCAAUGGCUACUUCCUCAGGGGCCAAGUCGGUCAGGGGCGGCGGAGGCCAACCGAGCCCCAGGAUGGGGCAGAAGCCCGGACCCUUGCCUGUACCGGGAGGAAAUACGAGGCGGACGAUGAGUGGAAGGUACGUGUCCAUCUCUCGAGACGAGCAGGAUCAGUCGAUGGACCAAUCCAUGGGUGGAGACAUGAGCGCCGAUUUUCCUUACACGGUGCACAUUCCUCCGACUCCCGACAACCAGCCGAUGUCCGGGCCCAACUCUCCACAACGAGCACCGGGAGGUCACCCUCCUCCGCCGGGGAAAGGAGCUCAACAAUUCGUGUCGAGCACCAUGUUCACUGGCGGGUACAAGGCUCAGACUCGAGGUCAUGUGAUGGAAAAAGUGACCAGCGAUCACCAGGCGAAAGGAAACACUUGCGGAGUCGAUGGAUGCGACGGCAAGACCAUGAGGAACGAUCGAGGGGAGGACAUCUACCCUUGCAAUUGUAAUUUCAAAAUCUGCCGAGAUUGCUACUACGACGCUCUGAAUAGCGGGGGUCGAUGCCCGGGCUGCAAGGAUGAGUAUAUCAGCCACGACUCUUACGAUAAUGGCGGCCAGGCAGAGGAUGUGAUGACCAGCAUCCCAGAACGAAGGGCCCUUCCCGGUCCCGGCUACGCGCACGCGGAUUCCGGGAAGAUGGAGAGGCGACUGUCUCUCCUCAAUAAGCCUCCUCUUCUCAUGAGCCAGCAGCAUCAGAAUGGCACUGGCAGCGAGAACUUCGAUCACGCGCGCUGGCUCUAUGAAACGAAAGGUACCUACGGCUACGGGAAUGCCGUGUGGCCCAAAGAUGAUUCGUACAUGGGGGGAGACAGCAGUGGCGGCGGGGGCAUGAAUGGGCCGCCUCUGCCGGCAUUCAACGAGAAAAAUCGUCGCCCGCUGACUCGCAAGCUCGCGAUCCCAGCCGGAGUCAUCAGCCCGUACCGAUUUCUCGCGCUUCUGAGGCUCGUGGUGCUGGGCUUCUUCCUGGCCUGGCGGAUUCAGAAUCCCAACAAGGAUGCGCUUUGGCUGUGGGGGAUGUCAGUGGUGUGCGAGAUAUGGUUCGCCUUCUCGUGGAUUCUCGAUCAGCUGCCCAAGCUGAACCCUGUCAAUCGGUCCACGGAUCUAAGCGUCCUCAAGGAGCGCUUCGAGCGAGUCUCCCCGGAGAAUCCCCGAGGGCGAUCGGAUCUGCCGGGAAUGGACGUGUUCGUGUCCAGCGCAGAUCCAGAGAAGGAGCCCCCUCUGGUCACGGGCAACACCAUCUUCUCCAUCCUGGCGGCCGAGUACCCCGUCGAGAAACUGGCCAUCUACCUCUCGGACGAUGGAGGGGCGCUGCUGUCAUUCGAGGCGCUGGCCGAGACCGCGAGCUUCGCGCGAGUCUGGGUCCCGUUCUGCAGGAAGCACAACAUCGAGCCCCGCAACCCGGACUCGUAUUUCCUGAGCCGCGGAGAUCCCACCAAGGGCAAGGUGAGGAUGGAUUUCGUCAAGGAUCGCAGGAGGGUGAAGCGCGAGUACGACGAGUACAAGGUGCGCAUCAAUGGGCUGCCCGAGGCCAUCAGGAGGCGAUCCGAUGCGUACAAUGUCCACAAGAGGACGUCCAUGGACUCGAGCGCCGACGGCGGCUCGCAGACCGCCGGCGUCAAGGCGACCUGGAUGGCCGACGGCACGCACUGGCCCGGGACGUGGUUGGUCUCGACCAAGGAGCACGGCCGCAGUGACCACGCCGGUAUCAUCCAGGUGAUGCUCGCCCCGCCCGGUAACGAGCCGGUGAUGGGCAGCAACGACGAGGAGAAUCUGAUCGACACGAGCGAUGUGGACAUCCGGCUGCCGAUGCUGGUCUACGUGUCCCGUGAGAAGAGGCCCGGCUACGACCACAACAAGAAGGCCGGGGCCAUGAACGCUCUGGUGCGCACCAGCGCCAUCAUGUCCAACGGGCCCUUCAUCCUCAAUCUCGAUUGCGAUCAUUACAUCUACUACUCGCUGGCCAUGCGCGAGGCCAUGUGCUUCAUGAUGGACCGUGGCGGCGAUAAAAUUUGCUACGUCCAGUUCCCGCAGCGGUUCGAGGGCGUCGAUCCCAGCGAUCGGUACGCCAAUCGGAACACCGUGUUUUUCGACGUGAACAUGCGAGCUCUGGAUGGGCUGCAGGGCCCCGUUUAUGUCGGAACCGGGUGCUGCUUCCGAAGGACGGCCCUCUACGGGUUCGACCCCCCGCGCAGCCCCAAGGAGCACACGUUGUGGAGCCUGUGCUGCGGAGGGGACAAGAAGUCGCGGCACAACAAGAAGAAGAACGCGAAGCCGAACCGCGAGGUGGAGGUGGCGAACAUCAACGCCGGCCUCGGCAACAGCGACGAGAUGAGCGACGGGCUGGACCGCGGGCUGCUGCCGAAGCAGUUCGGGCAGUCGAUGGCCUUCGUGGCGUCCAUCCCCGUGGCGCAGUUCGCCGGGAAGCCUCUGGCGGACCAGGGCGUGGCGAACGGGCGGCCCGCGGGCGCGCUGACGGGGCCGCGCGAGCCGCUGGACGCGGCCACGGUGGCCGAGGCCAUCAACGUCAUCUCGUGCUUCUACGAGGACAAGACCGAGUGGGGCGACCGAGUGGGCUGGAUUUACGGGUCCGUCACGGAGGACGUGGUCACGGGGUUCCGCAUGCACAACCGUGGUUGGCGGUCCAUCUACUGCGUCACCAAGCGCGACGCCUUCCGAGGAACUGCGCCCAUCAAUCUGACGGAUCGACUGCACCAGGUGCUCCGUUGGGCUACGGGGUCCGUCGAGAUUUUCUUCUCGAAGAACAACGCCAUCUUCGCCAACACGCACAUGAAGGUCCUGCAGCGCGUGGCGUACCUGAACGUCGGCGUGUACCCCUUCACGUCGCUCUUCCUCAUCGCCUACUGCUUUCUCCCGGCGCUCUCGCUCUUCUCGGGCCAGUUCAUCGUGGCGAGCUUGAACGUGACAUUCCUGACGUACCUGCUCACCAUCUCCGUCUGCCUUUGCCUGCUGGCCAUCCUCGAGGUGAAGUGGUCCGGGAUCACGCUGGAGGAGUGGUGGAGGAACGAGCAGUUUUGGGUCAUCGGAGGCACCAGCGCUCAUCUGGCAGCCGUCAUCCAGGGUCUCCUCAAAGUCAUCGCCGGGGUGGAAAUUUCCUUCACGCUGACGACGAAAUCCGGAGGAGAAGACAUCGACGACGAGUUCGCGGACCUGUACGUGGUGAAAUGGACGGCGCUCAUGAUCCCGCCCAUCACCAUCAUGCUCGUCAAUCUGAUCGCCAUCGCCGUCGCCGUGUCGAGGACGCUCUACAGCUCCAUCCCGCAGUGGAGUAAGCUGGUCGGAGGAGUCUUCUUCAGCGUCUGGGUGCUCACCCACCUGUACCCAUUCGCCAAGGGUCUCAUGGGCCGCAGAGGUCGCACUCCCACCAUCGUCUACGUCUGGUCCGGCCUGCUGGCCAUCGUCAUCUCGCUCUUGUGGGUGACCAUCAGCCCUCCGGCCGACGCUCAAGGAUUGAGCUCAACUGGUGGAACCUUCGCGUUUCCUUAAACCCACAGCUCGAUUCCAGCACAAGCGACCGGGACUCCAAUUUUCCCACCGCAGCCUGAAGAGAGCCGGGACGAAGACUUGUGCCCUGCCGGACUCGGUUCCCCAGGGCACCUGAGCAUGGAGGUGAGGUGGUGAGGCCGAGGUUAACGAUCUUUCUGAAUGUCGACUCCGCCCUUCGGCGGAGGUCACGUUAUUACGCGCUCUGAAUGCAGGCAUGUCAUUUCAACAGGGCGCUGAACCGCCAUGAGGAGCUGAAGACCGAUUCUGCAGCUUCUCACGUACUGACACUAGACGAUAGAUUAAAAAAAUAAGGGACCGAGAGUGUGAGAAUUUGGUCGUGCAUCGGUGCACAUGAACAUGUACAACAAGUUUGUCCGUCCAUUCAUUCAUUCAUUCAUUCAUCAUCAAUUCUGAACGAACAGUGCCUGAACCGUAGAAGAGUGUCAUUUCUGAAAGUAGACAAGAAGAGUGGUAGGCCCCGAAAGUAGUAGUUUUGGGUUUUUAUCAAUUUUGCAUUGUGUUCACAAGACACACUCACUCACUCUGAUGGCCGGCCAGUAGAAAUGGCUCCAUCGUACUAUCUUUUCGGCUGAGUCUCACUCCACUAGUUGCAAAGCCUGUUCGAGCACGACACAAAGAGAUGUUGCUUAGCCAGCUCUUCAUCUCUGCUCACUUAACUCACCUUCUCUUUGUCACAUUGCCUUCAGUCCCCCUUAAACUCCAUACAUAGGAUUCCCGAUAACUUGAAAAGCAUUCAAUCAAUCAAUCAUUCAUUCAUUCAUACGUACACUCAUUAGGUUCGUCACUGGGAACCUGGGGCCCCAAAUCUGCAUGUGGGCACCCCCGUAGAGCUUAAACAAAAUUAGUGAGAUUAGCACAGAAUAUAGUGUACAAUAAAUGACCAGGUAUUCAAGGAGUCCACGUCGCUGAUUUGGUAGUCAGCCAUUGCAGCACUCCGGAUCCGUCAAGAGCGGCUCCUUCUGUAACUUUUAUUCUUAUCAAUCGACUGAUGUCAAGGUC